AUGUCUCACAGUGGCGGCUAUCAGCGUGAUUCCUACCGCUCUAGAAACGGCGGUGGCGGAUACUCCAACGGCCACUCCAACGGCUAUGGAGGUGGCCAGGGUGGUUACAGUGGUGGCGGCUACGGAGGUGGCUAUGGAGGGGGCUAUGGAGGUGGCUAUGGAGGUGGACGAGGUGGUGGUGGUGGUGGUGCAGACCGAGACCGUAUGUCGAAUCUUGGCUCCGGUCUGAAGAAGCAAGAAUGGGACCUGGACUCCCUCCCCAAGUUCGAAAAGUCUUUCUACAAGGAGCAUCCCGAUGUCACCAAUCGCUCUCAACGCGAAGUGGAUGAUUUCCGCAAGAAACAUGAGAUGGCCGUGCAAGGAAGAAAUGUUCCCCGUCCUGUCGAGACGUUCGACGAGGCUGGCUUCCCCCAGUAUGUCCUGGGUGAGGUCAAAUCACAGGGCUUUGAGAACCCUACCGCCAUUCAGUCCCAGGGAUGGCCUAUGGCACUCUCCGGUCGCGACGUCGUCGGUAUUGCCGAAACCGGUUCUGGAAAGACUCUGACCUACUGCCUCCCGGCCAUCGUGCACAUCAACGCCCAGCCUCUUCUUGCCCCCGGCGAUGGUCCCAUUGUCCUUGUUCUCGCCCCCACCCGUGAACUGGCGGUCCAGAUCCAGGCCGAAAUCACGAAGUUUGGAAAGUCUUCCCGCAUUCGCAACACCUGUGUGUAUGGUGGUGUCCCCAAGGGCCCCCAGAUCCGUGACUUGAGCCGUGGUGUCGAAGUCUGCAUCGCGACCCCUGGUCGAUUGAUUGACAUGCUGGAGGCUGGCCGGACCAACCUGCGCCGUGUCACCUAUCUGGUCCUUGACGAGGCCGACCGUAUGCUGGACAUGGGUUUUGAGCCUCAGAUCCGCAAGAUCAUCUCUCAGAUCCGCCCUGACCGUCAGACCUGCAUGUGGUCUGCCACGUGGCCGAAGGAAGUCCGCCAGCUUGCCUCGGACUUCCUCAACGACUACAUCCAGGUCAACAUUGGCUCCAUGGACCUGUCGGCCAACCACCGCAUCACCCAAAUUGUCGAGGUCGUGUCGGAUAUGGAGAAGCGUGACCGCAUGAUCAAGCACCUUGAGAAGAUCAUGGAGAACCACAGCAACAAAUGUCUCAUUUUCACCGGCACCAAGCGAAUUGCUGACGAUAUUACCCGUUUCCUCCGCCAGGACGGAUGGCCCGCCCUUUCCAUCCACGGCGACAAGCAACAACAGGAAAGAGAUUGGGUCUUGAACGAGUUCAAGAUGGGCAAGAGCCCAAUCAUGGUGGCCACCGAUGUGGCUUCCCGUGGUAUUGAUGUUCGCGACAUUACUCAUGUGCUGAACUAUGACUACCCCAAUAACUCGGAGGACUACGUUCACCGUAUUGGUCGAACUGGUCGUGCCGGUGCCAAGGGUACCGCCAUCACCUUCUUCACCACUGACAAUGCAAAGCAGGCUCGUGACUUAGUCACCAUCCUCAGUGAGGCAAAGCAGCAAAUUGAUCCUCGUCUCGCCGAGAUGGUUCGCUACGGCGGCGGUGGCCAUGGUCAUGGUGGUUACGGCCGCUGGGGUGGCCGUGGUCGCGGUCGUGGCGGUGGCGGCUUCACUGCCUCCAAUGCGGCGCCUCUUGGAAACAACCGCCGCUGGUAA